AUGGACGCAGCAACCCCUCGCCAGCAGUCCACCGUUCUGUCUACAUUGCCUCGCAGACGGGGGCCUCCUCCUUCUCUCCGCAUUGACACCCCAUCUCACAACCCUGCUGUCGCCAUCGUACAGAGUGAAAGCUCCGCUUUUUCUGCUGUUUCAUCCGCCGUCUCCGACGCGGAUUCUUUUAUCCUUCCGUCCCCCAGCAAGUCUCGCUCCCUACGCAACAUGAAGAAGCUGUCUAUUACCCUCCCUUCCGCCCAGUCCUCUACCAAAUCCUUUCAGCUCCCCGAGCCUCAACCACCCCAGUCGAAGCGGAGACCCUCCAUCAUUUCCCUCCCAAACGCAACUAAACCCGUUCUGCGAAGGAACAGGGAAGACGAAGGAGAUGUCGAUUCUGUACCCUAUUCCGAUGGCCCCAUACAGGUCCUGCCUGGAAUUUGGCUUGGUUCGGAGGACACCGCUCGUAACUGGAAAGUACUCGUCGAGCGGGGCAUUAGGUCCAUCCUCAACGUAGCUAAAGAGGUAUAUACCGAUUUUGACACGGAUACCGACCCACUUCGUCCGUUCAUGUCCACGCCGGACUUGAAUAGUACAUUGAGCGGACCCGACUCCACAUAUUAUCCUGCUCAUGUUCCCAGCGGCCGUCCGAGUAUGCAUUACCUGAAGCUUCCUUGGUCUCACGGACAGUCAGACCUCGUGCAUGAAGGGUUUCCUGCCGCCAUGUCAUUCAUUGAUGGUGCGCUUGAACGUGAAGACGGCGUGCUGAUACACUGCCAGUGCGGUGUGUCGCGUUCUGCCACGCUAGUUAUUGCCGUUGUCAUGCGAGCAGCUGCUCUCCGCUCUCCUUCUGUGCCCCCAGAAGUAUGGACGCUGAAGGGCAUGCAAGGUGCAUACGCGUAUGUCAAGGAAAAGAGCAGUGCGGCUGGACCUAAUAUGUCACUUAUUUAUCAGUUAUUAGACUACGAGCGAGCCUUGGAACGUGGAAAUUCAUCUCCUGCAUGUUCGGAGGGAUCGACUUCCGAAGAAGAGUGGGGCCGCCAACGGUUAAGGAUGGGCGACGGGAAUGUGGAGAGCAACAAAGAAAGUGUCCAGGUUAUGUACGAAGCCAGGGCACUCGACCGGGCGAUGGAAGACCGUAUCGUCGCGCGUAAAUCUUCGGCGUCCUCUCUCGUUUCGUCUAUCGCCGGCGUGGGCUCUUCUUCAAAGACUCGUUUCGCGCCACGGAAACGGACCGGUUCUACCGCUAGCGUAGCAACCAGUGGCAGCGUGCUAAGCGAGAGCUUAGUGGAAGAGAACGAAGAGGAGGAAUUGCUAGGUGUGGGUGGUAGUUUCGAUGGGAAAAGCCUCGAAACCAGCUGCUCUAGCGCAGAGCCUACUGAAGACGAAUCUCCACAAAUCUCACGUCUGCCCGAGCAGCCCCUCACUGCACGCCAAGUACCUGUUCCUCCGUCGGCUCCUGCCCACAAGUCAACGUUUGCACUCCCUCCGAAUCCGAUGACUUCAAUCAGGUCGUCGUUUGACCUUCCCCUCCAUCUCCGACCCAGGUUAAAACCGCGCCGUCGCCCGCCUCCCCUUGGCAUUCUACCCCCCGUUCCAUCUUCUCCUGUCGUUCCAGUCAAUCCUUCUUGCCAGGCUAAUACAGAACCUCGUUCUGAGUCCCAAAAACUAGAUAUCCCUCCAUUAACCGUUCGUCAUGCGCAUAGAUCCCGGAACACCUCCAGGGUUCGCCCUGUUUCCGUCCUUUCGACACCUUCGCAAACCCUCUUCGUCUUUCCACCCUCACCGACGCUCACGACACGCACUCCGUCCACCAUGACGCUCACGUCAAAUGCGUCGUAUCCGUUCCCUACUAUGUCAACACCCCGUCCACGAGUGUCCACAUCCAAGGCGGAUGGGCGACGCCGAUCGUACAUCGGUGUUCCUCCGCCUGCGACGCCUACCACCGCAUCUUCUCGGGUAGAUGCACGCGGAUGGAUAGGCUUGAACUAG